AUGUCAGAGAAGUUUUUCACUCACUACAGUCUGGACGACGUCGCGAGGUUGAUUACAGUCACCAAUAAGGAGAUGUUCACGACUGUGUUUGUAUAUUUUGACAGGAAGAUGAACUUGACGGCGCCGACAGAGACGAACCUGACCAAAUAUUUGAAUGAGGUCAUGUCCAGCAACACGCGAGUGUCCACGCCCAUAUUCCUAGCCGGAGACGAGGUCUUGAUGAUGGCCACGUUCAUGAUGAAAAGCCCUAUUUCUGACUAUCAACACGUUCGUCUCCUCGAUCAUAGAUUUAAACUUGCACUUAAGUUGCCUGCUGAGAUGGACGAGGACGCGCUCAGGGCAAUGAUGAUGCACAUGGACUCGGCAAAGUCAAUGACCAGGCGGCUCUAUGCCGCAAGAAUUUAUCGACCUCAGGAGGUGUACAUGAUCAUGACUCGAGCCGCAGUGCGCGGUCAGCACCACGUUCUCAUUGUCACCCAAGGACGUGCUGUCACAGUUCUGCUUAUUCACUUACAUCUUGCUGCCAUUCCUAAUCCUUUUGCUUUCUACACCUCCAAUCUUUCCCAGCACCAUAUUUCCACGCCGUGGAUUCGUCUCAAAAUCGGGUUUCGCGGUCGUCUCUGCCUCCAGGCCCUUUGUACACCCGGUAGGGCAAGUGUCGCCGAUGUGCCAGCAUUGCAAGCACAGCACGUGUCCUGCGUCAUCGUCCACGGUCAGUCCAAGGUUACCCAAGGCAGGAAACAGAUGCAGAAAAACAGGGACAAGGAAAAGCUUACCACAACUCAUAAGAUAGAGAUGCUCCUCCCCCAUGCAACAAGGGCAUUACUUGUGUUGAGGGGCAAAACAUUUGACCGCUCUUUGGGUCCUCUGGCAGCACUGCGACGAGCUUUGAAGGCAAUCCUUGCAGGACAUCUAGAGACGUGGCGGGACUCACUCAGUGGAAUGGUCAUGAAGAGAGAGAGAGAGAGAGAAGGAGAAAGAGGCGAUGCCGACUUACAUGCGGCAUUCCAUGAACAUGUCAGUUUUGAUCACGUCGUCGCUGCAUUGACAGUUCCGAAGGUCGGGCGGAACGGGCAGAUCAAGUCUGGCACUUGUGUGGUUUUGGAGCCAAGCCAACAACUUUUCGUGGAUCGCGAUGCCCUCCAUCAGCACCCCCGCAGGUUCGUCCUUGUGCAGAGCUUGAACCUCAACCUCGAGGGCGGAAAUCGACUUGACCACGUGCAGUAUUGUAUCGGAGUGCGUGUGGAGACGCAGCCUAAAGGACGGCGUCGAAGACGAUAUUAUCGACGUCGACCAUCCACUGCAGCGGCGGCUGGAACAUGGUCUGGGACCCUGCGUUUGACGCAUGACACGCUGGAUCGCCCAUGCCGGAUCCCUAUGCCAAGCAAGCUGCGGCAGGCCGGAGCUGAUGGUGAGGUACCUCGAGAUCAGCAGGUUGUGGCACCGGUUCCUGAAGAGGAAUGCUACCUCAGCCCGGAUCUUACCGAGGCCGCUUGCACCGUCCGGCUCCCGGCCUGCCCGUCUGCCACCGGUGACCGCAGCGUCUUCAAUAUGUGUUGGCGAGACUGCGUGUUCCACCUUGCUGGUUACAUGCUCAACGGCCACCCAGACGGCCCAUCAGCCGAGGCAAACAUCGCCAUUUCCGUCCAGGAAAUCGUAUUUGAGGAGGAUCUCCACGAUAUGGACACCUUCCAGGUGUACAGACACAUGUCCCCGACGGAAACGGGCUUCAUCGGGGACGUGUACGUGUUCCGUGGCCAGAAGUUGGUCGCACUCUGCUCGGACAGGGUCUACAAGACGGCCACCCCACGAAGGGGUGCCACCAGUGUCAAGAAAACUGCUGCUGCUGCUGCUGCCGCCGCCGGCCGCCAUGCCGCCGCCGUCCGAGCCAAGGCGAGAUAA